AUGGCCAGUUAUAAUCCUAAAACCUACGACGGAAAACCUAACCCUGUAGAAUUUGAGGAUUGGGUAAGAAGUAUGGAUAAAUUGUUUGAUGCUAUAAAUUGUCCUGAAAAAUGGAAAGUAGGAUUUGCUGUUUAUUAUUCAGUUGGGCAGGCAGAUCUAUGGUGGGAAACUAUGAAGGAAAGGAGAAAUAAUGAAGAUUUCGGAUGGACUCAGUUGAAGGAUCUUAUGAGAGCAAAAGUUUACCCAUCAGCCCUGAAAAGACAAAAAGAAGAAGAAUUUAAUCAAUUAGAGCAAGGCAAUAAGUCUGUUAUGGAUUAUGCAGCAAAGUUUAUGGAAUUGUCCCGAUUUGCACCACGCCUGGUAGCAACUGAGGAGUUAAGAAUGAAUAAAUUUGAGAGAGGUCUUAUUGGGAACUUCGUGACCGACUUUCCACCCAUAAUUGUCAUACUACCAAGAGAUGUAUGA